AUGGCUUCAGAUUCUGAUACCGACAGCUCGAUCGAAGAUGAAAGUCAACGACAGCGUUUAUUAGAUGCUGCAGUAGACAUAAAGAAGAUUGUUAAGUCAGCAGGGCCAAACAAUGGACCUGUCGGUAUGCAGUCAGCUGUUUCAAGAGAUCGGAUAGUUCCAAAUAUACCAUCAAAAAGACCAUCUCAAAUCAUUGAACAUGAAGAGAAGCAUGACCUCAACACCACUCCCGAGUUUAAGGCAUUUGUGGCAAAGAAAUUAUCACAGAUGCUUGAUGAAGAGGUAGAAGAACAGAAGAUGGAUAAUAGAAAUUUGAACCCUGCAGACUAUGAGGACACAGGUAUAAGAUUGUGCUUUGGAUCAAGUCGUCAUUUGAAAACUGAGUGUAAUCCAGAAAACAUGCCAACACAGAGAAAGCCAGUCCCCAGGAAAAGAGCCAAUGAUACUAGCAGUAGUGACAGUUCUGAAGAAGAUGAGAGAUUGGCUGCAGCUGCUGUAUCACAUGACUUCAUAGUCAAACAAAGCAAGGUUUUCAUUGGUUCUAAGGAAGGCCAAUCUGUCAUUAUUCAUGGUGAAGAAGCAAAGAAUCAUCAAAAUGGUAAAGAUUUUGUGUCAAAUUUAGAAGCAAGAGACGAUCACAGAACUUUUACUGAAGUUGGUACAGAAGAAGACUUGUCAAAAAAGAAGAAAAAGAAAAAGAAGAAAAAAAAAUCUAUUAAAGAAAAUAGUUGAAAUCAG